AUGCGGCCAGGCUGGACCCGACUGAGGCUCGUUCACCUGACCCUGGCCCUGACCUUGGUCCUAGCCCUGACCUUAACCCUGGUUCUGGUCUCCGUCUUGUCCCUAAAGGGGCCCAGACAGGAACCCGGGACGGGCUGGGGUCGCCGGGGCCGCUUCUUCGUCCCCAUCUAUGUUAGCAGUUGGGCUGUGCUGCUGCCCGGGGGCAGCCGGGAGGCCGAGCGCUUGGCCCGCAAGUUCGGCUUUGUCAACUUGGGGCAGGUCAUCCAGGGCCAGCACUAUUACCACUUCCAGCAUCGGGGUGUGGCUGCGAGAGCCCUUAGCCAGCACUGGGGCCACAGUCUAAGGCUGAAGAAAGACCCUAAGGUCCACUGGUUUGAGCAGCAAACACUGAAGCGCCGGGUGAAGAGAGAGAAUUUUGUGCUACCCACAGACCCCUGGUUCUCCAAGCAGUGGUAUAUGAACAAGCAAGUCCACCCUGACCUGAACAUCCUGGAGGCUUGGAAGAAAGGUUACACAGGCCAGGGGGUUGUGGUGUCCAUCCUGGAUGACGGCAUAGAGAAGGACCACCCUGAUCUGCAGGCUAACUACGAUCACCUGGCCAGUUACGACUUCAAUGACCAUGACCCUGACCCACAGCCCCGAUACACCCUCAUGGAUGACAAUCGGCACGGGACUCGCUGUGCUGGGGAAGUGGCGGCUGUUGCCAACAAUGGGAUCUGCGGCGUGGGUGUGGCCUACAAUGCCAAGAUUGGAGGUGUGAGGAUGCUGGAUGGCCCCAUCACUGACAUUGUAGAGGCCCAGUCCCUGAGCUUUCAGCCCCAACACAUUCAUAUCUAUAGCGCCAGCUGGGGUCCUGAGGACGACGGGCGCACAGUGGAUGGCCCUGGGGUGCUGGCUCAAGAGGCCUUCUCCCAGGGCGUCAACACAGGUCGUAGCAACCUGGGCACGCUGUUCGUCUGGGCCUCGGGCAAUGGCGGCCUCCACUUUGACAACUGUAACUGCGACGGCUACACCAACAGCAUCUACACGCUGUCCGUGGGCAGCACGACCCAGCAUGGCCUUGUUCCCUGGUACAGCGAGGCCUGCGCCUCCACCCUCACCACCACCUUCAGCAGUGGCCUCACCAACGACGACGGGCAGAUUGUGACCACAGACCUGCACCACAGGUGCACAGAUAAGCACACGGGAACGUCGGCCUCUGCCCCAUUGGCUGCUGGCAUGAUCGCCCUUGCCCUGGAGGCCAACCCUUUCCUUACCUGGCGGGACAUGCAACAUCUAGUAGUGAGGGCUUCCAAGCCAGCUCAACUGCAGGCCGAGGACUGGGCCACCAAUGGAGUGGGACGCAAAGUAAGCCACCACUAUGGCUAUGGGUUGCUGGACGGUGGGCUUCUGGUGGAUUUGGCCAAGAAGUGGAGGAUAACGAAACCCCAGUUGAAAUGUUCUAUCAAGGUCAUCAGCAGUCCCAUUCCCAUUAAACCAAGGACGCAGGUGAGGCGAAAUGUAUCAGCCUGCCGAGGGGACGACCCCCACAUCCGCUCACUGGAACACGUCCAGGUACAGCUGUCCCUCACCUACAGUCGUCGAGGGGACCUGGAGAUCACGCUCACCAGCCCCAUGGGCACACAUUCCACCCUUGUAGCAGUCAGGCCCUUUGACACCAGCAGCCGGGGUUAUAAGAAUUGGAUCUUCAUGUCCACGCACUUCUGGGAUGAGGACCCACAGGGCAUCUGGACCCUGGAACUAGAGAACAAAGGCUAUUAUUAUAACUUUGGGACUCUUCAGAGCUAUACUCUGAUUCUGUAUGGGACAGAGGAGAAUAUGUUGGCCCGGAAGCUGAGCACGCAGGUGACCAGUGAAUGCUUGCAAUGGGACCCCAAGGGCCUGUGCCAAAAGUGUAUCAGCCCCUACUACAUCCUGGGCCGCUUCUGCCUCUCCUAUUGCCCUCCCCGAUAUUUCAACCGGACUCGCCGGGGCUUAAGGCCCGAAGCUGGCCAUCCUGCCUCCAAGGUCCGGGUCUGUGCCAGCUGCCACCCUUCCUGCUAUACAUGUCAAGGCCACUCGGCUCAUGCCUGCACAGCCUGCCCGCCCCACUACACCCUGAACGCGCGGACUCAUUCCUGCUCCCCACCCCCAACUACCUCCUCCCUCUCCCUAUCACGGUCCCAGCUCACCAGCUCUUUACCGCUGGCCCAGCCCAAGCAGUUGAAGACAACGACCGUGGUGAUCCUGGCCGUGGCCUGCAGUAUUCCCCUCUUCUUCUGCACUGUCUACUUCAGCUAUCAACUGCUGAGAUCGCGCCUGGGCAGCCGGCACCGUCCCUGCUGCCAGGCUGGGGCUGGCCCUGGGCCCGGCCCAGCCUACCUGGCCUCUCGGACCACUAGCCCUGGUAUGGCUACAUCUUCUGGGCCAGCCUCAGACCUAGACAGUGAUAGCUCCUCCCCUGGCUAG